AUGGCUGAAGAUGACCAAGUCAUUAUACCGGACAUCGGCUUCUCGGGCGAAGAAAGGGGGGAUGAUGUGUUCUUCUUUGACGCUGCUGGGGAAGACACGAUGUUUCGCAGCGGUAAGAAGCGAUUCAAAAAGGACGGAGUGAAGAUAGGAACGAUCAAGACUGCACGGGGCAAAAAGAUCACGAGCGCCAGUGGCCCACUCUCUCACCUGAGUACCGCCACCGAGAGCCCAACUAUCAAUCCCCUUCUUCCCAAACGCUCCAUCCCUCAGUCGCGCCAACCAGUAACCGAGCGGAAUCUCCAUUGUUUGAACCUGAAGACGGAGAAGGUUCUGACCACGCCUUUCCUGCCCAAGAAAGUAGAUUUCUCAAUCGCCUGA